AUGACUGAAUCGAAGACCAGUAGUUGUAUUAUGUGCCAGGAAGUGGACACAUUCGAUAUGGUGCAGUGUGACGUUUGCGACCAGUGGACGCAUUUCGGCUGCGCUGGUGUAAACGAUAAAAUUAAAGACCAUCCGUGGAGCUGUCUGAAGCGCUGCAAUUCUCUGCAAAUACCAAAGCAGAAGAAAGGUGCUGCUAUCGCUACGGCGAAAAAGACCGCUGACGGAAAGAAGAAUUCGCGAAGUGAAGGUGGUUCGGUGAGCAGUGUUAAUGCGAUACUCGAUGAUUCCCUUGCAAAAUUACAGGAAGAGAUGGAAGCCAAAGAGAAGGCUAUGGAAAACGAGCGUAUUCUGCGUAAGAAACGGCUAGAAAUGGAACGCGCGCUGAGGGAGAAACAGUUACGAGUCGAAAGAGAACUUCGCGAGAUGGAGUUGCAGCAAGACCGUGAGUUUCAGGCACGAGAGUUGCAGCAAGAACAGGAAAUGCUGAAUCGGCGCUUGGUGGAGGAAGAAGAGUUUUUGAAAAAACGGAAUAAGUUAAGGCAAAAUUUCGAUGCGGCGAAAGCAGGCCUGGUGCAAAACUAUAGCAAGGUGGACGAAGAAGAGAAUGUAGACGAACCUGCAGGCAACGACUCAGACGGCGAUUGCGAUGAGAUUCUCAGCCAGAAGGUGGAAAAGUGGCUCGGCGGAAAAAGCUUCGAAUGUGACGAUAGACGGAAAUCGGUAAAAAAUGUUGCGGUAUUCGAAUUAGUUAGUACGAGGAGAACUACAGGGGUACAUAACGAAAGAUUCAAAGGGCUUUCGGUUCCCUUUAUUGCAUAUCGAUCGGAAGACCUGGCUCGCGAGCAGGCAAUUGGCGGCCAAACCCGCAAAGGGGAUGAUUUAUUACGGCUGACGGCGGAGGAGAAAACGGUGUUGGCAGAUUUCCGUAUGAACCGGAUGGGCAACGGACCAAGGAUGAACGGGCCGGGGAUUGAGCCGGCAGGGCUUUCCCAAGCACAAAUUGCCGCCCGGCAAUCCGUUUCUAAGCAGUUACCGGUGUUUAGGGGGGAAGCUGAACUGUGGCCAAUAUUCAUCAGCAGUUACGAAUACACAACUCAAGCUUGUGGGUUCUCCAAUCUGGACAACCUGAAGCGAUUGCAGGACUGUUUGAAAGGGGAUGCACUCGAGGCUGUGAGGAGUCGGUUAGUUUUACCCGAUUCGGUUCCCGAUGUCAUUCAUGAUCUACAGAAUUUAUUUGCUAAACCAGAGAAGCUGUUGAAGACGUUACUGGCGAAGGUUCGUCAAGCCAAACCACCGAGGGCUGACCGUUUAGAAUCCUUUAUACAUUUCGGCAUUACGGUCAAGCAGUUAUGCGAUCACUUAGAAGCCGCGAAGUUAGUGGAUCACCUUAGUAAUCCCAUGUUGGUCCAGGAGCUUGUAGAUAAACUUCCCCCGAAUUAUAAGCUGGAGUGGGUCCGCUUUAAACGGGACAAAACUGGUACUCCGCUAAGAAUCUUUACCGAGUUUAUGAACGGUAUUGUUUCAGACGUUUCGGAGAUUAGUGAGUUUUCUUCCCUAGAUCUCACUGACCGAAAUGAACGAUCCGGAAGCUCCAGAAGAGCAAAGCUGAACAAAAGGGAGUAUGUCCAUAUCCACAGUUCCUCGCCCACCAGUAAGGAUACAGUGCCGAGUGGCAGAAGCGAGAUGCCGAAUGAAAGAAGCGAAGUGCCGAGUUUAAGAGGGGAGAAACCGUGUUGGGUGUGCCGAAGAACCGAUCACAAAAUUAGAUUCUGCGAUGACUUUCGAAAGUUUAACGUUGCUGAACGCUUGAAGGUCGUCGAGAAGUUUAAGCGGUGCGAGUUGUGCCUCAACAACCACGGCAAGAGUCGCUGUAAUUUUCGAAUACGUUGUAACGUAGUGGGUUGCCAGGGAAACCACCAUACUCUCUUGCAUCGCUCAGAAGAAGUCGUUCAGAUCAUGGAGGUUCAGUGCAACGCUCACAGUCGUUUGAAUCGCUCAGUUGUCUUCCGCAUGGUUCCAGUUACACUUCACUGUGGGAACAGAAAACUGGAUAUUCUUGCCUUCUUGGACGAAGGGUCCUCAGUUACUCUAGUAGAGGAUUCCGUCGUGAAUACGUUGAAGGUCAACGGAGUCGUCGAACCGCUAAUCGUCACGUGGACCGGAAAUACGAAACGUUAUGAAAACGGCUCGAGGAGAGUGGAUUUGAUGGUGUCUGCUCGGGGUUCUGCCGAGAAAUUCGUGCUCCGUGAAGCGCGCACUGUCGGGGAUCUUGUACUGCCGAAACAGGAAAUGCAGUUUCGCGAAAUUGCGACACGUUACCCUCACCUGCAGGGUUUGCCUGUCCAGGAUUAUAAUAGAGAAGAACCGAAGAUGAUGAUUGGGCUGGACAACCUAUCCGUAUUUGCGCCACUCGAGUCCAAAGUUGGACAGCCAGGUGAACCCAUAGGCGUUCGAUCGAAGUUAGGCUGGACAGUUUACGGGCCAGAAAAAGGGCAUUCGAGCGGAAUCACGGCGGCUGGAAUUCCAGAGUCUGCUGAAAACAGCCGAGCGCGUGAGAUACUGAAAACCACCAUGGUGCGCAUAGGUGACCGGUUUGAGACGGGGCUUUUGUGGCGUGACGACUUGGUAGUUUUUCCCGACAGCUAUCCCAUGGCUGCAAAACGGAUGGAAGCUUUGGAGAGAAAGUUGUCGAAGAACGAUGAGUUGCGGAGUAAUGUAAUCCACCAGAUUGGGGAGUACCAAAGCAAAGGCUACGCACACAGGUUAACGGAUAAAGAACUUGCUUGUACAGAUCCGUCGGCUGUGUGGUAUCUUCCCCUGAAUGUAGUGGUGAACCCCAAGAAACCAGGUAAAGUGCGUCUGGUGUGGGAUGCAGCAGCGUCAGUUAGCGGAGUGUCUCUCAAUAGUAAGCUACUGAAGGGUCCGGAUUUGUUGACAUCCCUAGUGGCAGUGCUUCAACGCUUUCGAGAACGGCCUGUUGGAUUUGGUGGAGAUCUCAAAGAGAUGUUCCACCAGUACAUGAUAAGAGCACAAGAUAAACAAGCUCAACGGUUUGUAUUUAGACCCUGCAAGAGUGCAGCUCCGCAAAUAUACGUGAUGGACGUUGGUACCUUUGGAGCAACCUGUUCCCCGUGUUCAGCACAGUAUAUAAAGAACCUGAACGCUGAGCAAUUCACCGAUGAGUACCCCGAAGUAGCAAAGGCGAUUGUCCACAACCACUACGUUGACGAUUACUUCGACAGCGUCGACACAGUCGAAGAGGCAGUUCGGCUAGCAAAGAAUGUCGCAACGGUCCACUCUCGUGGAGGAUUUGUCAUGAGAAACUGGGUAUCCAACUCGAUGGAGUUCCUGCGGCAAAUGGGUGAGCGUAAUAGUGGAGAUCCUGUCCAUUUUCACGAAAAUAAAGAAACCGGAACGGAACGCGUCCUAGGAAUUAUCUGGGAACCGGCAAAAGAUGCAUUUUCAUUCUCUACCACCCCACGUGAAGAAUUUCUGUCAGCUCUAGCUGGAACGGAAAAGCCUACGAAGAGGAUGGUUCUCAGCUGCGUUAUGACGAUGUUUGAUCCUCUGGGACUCCUGUCGCCGUUCACAGUACUGGGAAAGAUGCUGGUUCAAGACCUGUGGAGAACGGGUUGUGGAUGGGAUGAGAAAAUCAGCGAUGAAUGCAUGCCGACGUGGACACACUGGGUCAAUUUGAUCCCAACGAUUGCAGAAGUGAGAAUAGGGAGGAGCUAUUUCGGGACAGCACUAUCCCAUCAAGUGAAAAACCUUCAGCUUCACAUCUUUACCGAUGCGGGUGAGAAAGCGUACGGUUGCGUGGCUUAUCUUCGCGCCGAGAUCAAUGGAAAAAAUGUCUGUGCGCUAGUGAUGAGUCGGAGUAAGGUCGCUCCGCUGAAGCAGUUAAGCAUUCCUCGGCUUGAACUUCAGGCGGCAGUGCUGGGCGCUAGACUGAUGCGUACUGUCCAGAAAAACCACAGCUUCGCUAUUCAGCAAACAUACCUCUGGACUGACUCGCAAACGGUGUUAUCCUGGAUCAGAUCGGACCAACGGAGAUAUAAACAGUUCGUUGGGUUUCGCAUUGGAGAGAUCCUCAGCAGCACGAAGCUGGCAGAUUGGCGGUGGACCCCAACAAGGUUAAACGAAGCAGAUAGGUUGACGAAGUGGAGGCAUGAUGUGGAGUUAGAAUCAGACGGCAGCUAG